AUGGCGGACCGUGAGGCGUCGCCGAUACCGAUGGAGAUCCGAGCCCGGCUGGCGGAGCUGGAGCUGGAGCUGUCAGAGGGGGACAUCACUCAGAAGGGUUAUGAGAAGAAGAGGUCCAAGCUGAUCAGGGCAUAUGUUCCACAUGCUGGAGGAAUGGAGGGUCCCAUGUCUCACCGGGCCCCGCUCGGCCCUCCCGCUGCUGCCCGUUUCCACCGGCGGCGAACCUCUGGCACGAGAGACGAACGCUACCGAUCAGACGUCCACACCGAGGCGGUGCAAGCCGUAUUGGCACGACAUGUGGAGAGGAAGGUGGCCGUGCCCAUGCCUUCCAAAAGACGUUCGCUGGUGGUGCAGACCUCCAUGGAUGCAUACACACCUCCAGACUCGUCGUCGGGCUCAGAAGAGGAGGCGGGGCCAGGUGAUGACAUGUCGGGCAUGGAGCACUGGAUGAGCCGCCCUUCCCAGUUAGGCCCCGCCCACCUGGGCUCCACCUCCUCCUCGUCCUCGUCCACGCAGAGCGGAGGCAGCGGUAACGCUGGGCGACUGGCCGACUCGCUGGCGCACACGCACAUCUCGCACUUCCCUCCAGAGAAUCACUCGGCCCCCCCGGAUGUGACGGGCUACUCGUCGGACUCGUCCCACUCCCACACCGAGCGUCACCACAUGGCCAAUAUGGGAACCAUUGCAAGGAACACGCAGAAGUAUGGCAACGCAGAGCGCAUGGAGACAGGCGACGGGGUCCCAGUCAGCAGUCGUGUGUCGGCUAAGAUCCAGCAGCUCGUGAACACGCUGAAGCAGCCUCGCAGACCUCCACUACGAGAGUUCUUUGUGGAUGACUUUGAUGAACUUCUAGAGGUCCAGCAGCCGGACCCCAACCAGCCUCGGCCGGAGGGGGCAGAGAUGAUGCCUGUGCGAGGCGAGGCACUGGGGGUGGUCACCAACUGGCCCCCAUCCCUGGAGGCGGCACUCCAACGCUGGGGAACCAUCUCCCCGAAAGCCCCCUGCCUCACUAGUCUGGACACGGCAGGGAAGCCCCUCUAUGUCCUCACAUAUGGGAAGCUGUGGUCUCGCAGCAUCAAGCUUGCCUACAACAUCCUCCACAAACUGGGCAGCAAGCAGGAGCCGAUGGUGCGACCAGGCGAUCGGGUGGCGCUGGUGUUCCCCAACAAUGACCCCGUGGCCUUCAUGGUGGCCUUCUACGGCUGUCUGCUGGCUGAGGUGGUCCCAGUUCCAAUAGAGGUGCCACUUAGUCGCAAGGAUGCCGGCAGUCAGCAGAUUGGAUUCCUUUUGGGCAGCUGUGGUGUUACCGUGGCGUUGACCAGCGAUGCUUGUCAUAAGGGUCUGCCCAAGAGUGCAACAGGGGAGAUCCCACAGUUCAAAGGUUGGCCCAAGUUGUUGUGGUUUGUAACGGAGUCGAAGCACCUUUCCAAACCUCCCAGAGACUGGUUCCCCCACAUCAAAGAUGCAAACAAUGACACUGCUUACAUAGAGUAUAAAACCUGUAAGGACGGCAGCGUGCUGGGAGUCACAGUGACCAGGAUCGCUCUGCUCACACACUGCCAGGCUCUCACCCAAUCCUGCAGCUACACUGAGGCUGAGACCAUAGUGAACGUUCUAGACUUUAAGAAGGACGUGGGUCUGUGGCACGGCAUCCUGACGAGUGUGAUGAACAUGAUGCACGUGAUCAGCGUGCCAUACUCUCUGAUGAAGGUCAACCCUCUGUCAUGGAUCCAGAAAGUCUGCCAGUACAAAGCCAAGGUGGCCUGUGUGAAGUCCAGAGACAUGCACUGGGCUCUGGUGGCCCACAAAGACCAGAAGGACAUCAACCUGAGCUCGCUGCGCAUGCUGCUGGUGGCUGACGGAUCAAACCCCUGGUCCAUCUCAUCCUGUGACGCCUUCCUCAACGUCUUUCAGACUAAAGGGCUGAGAGGCGAGGUCAUCUGUCCCUGCGCCAGCUCCCCCGAGGCCCUGACAGUGGCCAUCAGGAGGCCAGUGGAGGACAGCAGCCAGCCUCCGGGCCGAGGUGUCCUGUCCAUGCAGGGUCUGAGCUAUGGCGUCGUGCGAGUCGACACAGAGGAACGCCUGUCAGUGCUCACAGUGCAGGACGUCGGCACUGUCAUGCCAGGAGGCCUGGUGUGUGUGGUGAAGCCUGAAGGCGUCCCUCAGCUCUGUCAGACAGAUGAGAUUGGUGAGCUCUGUGUGUGCUCCAUCGCCACCGGCACAUCCUAUUACGGCCUCACCGGCAUGACCAAGAACACUUUUGAGGUUUACCCGGUGAGCUCCACUGGGGGGCUAAUCAGCGAGUACGCCUUUGUGCGGACCGGCCUGCUGAGCUUCAUCGGCCCCGGCGGCCUGGUAUUCAUCACCGGCAAGAUGGACGGACUCAUCAUGGUGAGCGGACGGAGGCACAACGCCGAUGACAUCGUUGCCACGGCUCUGGCGGUGGAGCCGAUGAAAUUCGUCUACAGGGGCAGGAUAGCCGUGUUCUCUGUGACGGUGCUGAGGGAUGAGAGGAUCGUGGUGGUGGCCGAACAGAGACCCGACUCCACAGAGGAGGACAGCUUCCAGUGGAUGAGCCGCGUGCUGCAGGCCAUAGACAGUAUCCACGGGGUGGGCGUGUUCUGCCUGUCUCUGGUCCCGGCCAACACCCUCCCUAAGACUCCUCUGGGCGGCAUCCACCUAUCAGAGAUCAAGCAGCUGUACCUGGAAGGGGGGCUGCACCCCUGCAACGUCCUCAUGUGCCCCCACACCUGCGUCACCAACCUGCCCAAACCACGGCAGAAACAGCCAGAGAUCGGUCCUGCCUCUGUGAUGGUGGGGAAUCUGGUGUCAGGGAAGAGGAUCGCUCAGGCCAGCGGCAGGGAUUUGGGACAGACUGAUGACAACGACCAGUAUCGGCAGUUCCUAUUCCUGUCGGAGGUUUUGCAGUGGAGAGCUCAGACCACACCGGACCAUGUCCUCUACACUCUACUCAGCUCCCGGGGGGCGGUGUCCAGCUCUCUCACCUGCCUGCAGCUUCAUAAGAGGGCAGAACGAGUGGCGGCUCUGCUGAUGGAGCGAGGAGGACUGCAGGAAGGAGACCACGUCGCUCUGGUCUACCCGCCAGGUAUAGACCUGAUCGCAGCCUUCUAUGGCGCCCUGUAUGCCGGCUGUGUUCCUAUCACGGUGCGACCGCCUCACCCUCAGAACAUCUCUACCACCCUGCCCACUGUCAAGAUGAUUGUGGAGGUCAGUCACUCAGCCUGCGUGAUGACCACGGCGGUCAUCUGCAAGCUGCUGCGCUCCAAGGAGGCCACGGCCACGGUGGACAUUAGGAACUGGCCCCCUGUCCUCGACACUGAUGACCUGCCAAAGAAGAAGCCUCCCGCUCUGUAUAAGCCCACCAACCCUGACGGCCUGGCCUAUCUGGACUUCAGUGUGUCGACGACCGGCAUGCUGGCUGGAGUUCAGAUGUCUCAUAAUGCCGUCGGAGCCUUCUGUCGGUCUGUGAAGCUGCAGUGUGAGUUGUACCCGUCCAGAGAAGUGGCCAUCUGUCUGGAUCCCUACUGUGGCCUCGGCUUUGUCCUCUGGUGUCUCUGCAGUGUGUAUUCAGGCCACCAGUCCAUCCUGAUCCCUCCUGUGGAGCUGGAGUCCAACCCGGCCCUGUGGCUGCUGGCCGUCAGCCAGCUCAGGGUGCGAGACACCUUCUGCUCCUACAGCGUCAUGGAGCUCUGCACCAAAGGACUCGGCCUGCAGACAGAGGCGCUCAAGGCUCGGGGUCUGGAUCUGUCCCGAGUUCGGGCUUGUGUGGUGGUGGCAGAGGAGAGGCCCAGGAUGUCACUCACACACUCCUUCUCCAAACUCUUCAAAGACCUCGGCCUUCACCCACGAUCCGUCAGCACGGCCUUCGGCUGCAGAGUUAACCUGGCUAUCUGCCUGCAAUCACAUGCUUAUUGUCUGCGUUGUGAUUGGCUGCAGGGCACUUCAGGACCGGACCCCACAACUGUGUACGUGGACAUGAGGGCGCUGCGCCAUGACAGGGUCCGGUUAGUGGAGAGAGGCUCUCCUCACAGUCUGCCUUUAAUGGAAUCUGGAAAGAUACUGCCAGGAGUUCGCAUCAUCAUCGCAAACCCAGAGACCAAAGGACCGCUGGGAGACUCUCACCUUGGAGAGAUCUGGGUGCACAGCGCUCAUAACGGCAGCGGUUACUACAGCGGUUACGGAGAGGAGGUUCUCCAGUCCGACCACUUCAACUCCAGGCUCAGUUUUGGAGACACUCAGACAGUCUGGGCGAGGACGGGCUAUUUGGGCUUUCUGCGCCGCACCGAGCUCACCGACGCCAACGGAGAGAGACAUGAUGCUCUGUUUGUGGUCGGAGCGCUGGAGGAGGCCAUGGAGCUGCGAGGGAUGAGGUACCACCCCAUCGACAUCGAGACCUCCGUCAUCCGUGCACACAAGAGCAUCAUGGAGUGCGCGGUCUUCCCCUGGACCAACCUGCUGGUGGUGGUGGUGGAGCUGGAGGGCUCUGAGCAGGAAGCCCUGGACCUGGUUCCCAUGGUGACCAAGGCGGUGCUGGAGGAGCACUACCUGAUCGUGGGCGUCGUCGUGGUGACGGACAUAGGCGUCAUCCCCAUCAAUUCUCGUGGCGAGAAACAGCGCAUGCACCUCCGCGACGGUUUCUUACAAGACCAGCUAGACCCCAUCUACGUGGCCUACAACAUGUAGCCUGAGUGUGCGUGUGUGUGUUUGUGUGUGUGUUUAGGAAUGAGCGAGAGAGAGCGAGCAUGCAUUUGUAUGCCAUGCAUAUCGCCGUUGUUGUUCAUUUAUUUCCCCAAAUCAAGAUGUACUGUAUUUUUGAACCUGCAUAUGGUGUGGUCUUAAGUCGUCCGUUUUCUUUAAAGUCGUGUUGUGCUGGUUGGUUGGUUGAUUGAUUGAUUGAUUGAUUGAUUGAUUGAUUGAUUGAUUGAUUGGCUGAUUAAUUGAUUGAUUGAUUGCUCAGUGGUGGUAUGACCAUUUUCACACCCCCAUUUAAUCUCGUGACCGUUACCAGGAGCUUGUCACUGUAGAAAGCCUUAGGGGAACACUGUGUACAGGGCAGAAGCUCUAGUCGUCACACCGCGUGUCGUUUUAGGAGGUAAAAGUAGAGAGAGAAAAAUAAUAAAGACUAAUAAAGAUCUGUCAUCAUGUUUUACUGGUCGAUUCAAAAAAAAAAGAAAAAAAAUCCCAGAUUUGUGGUAUUAUUUCAAUUAGAACAGGGGCAGCCAGAUUAUUGUAAAAAUAUAAAUAUUGUACAUAGACAUAAUAAUCUAUAUGGAGAGGUACCUAAAACACAAUGAGGUAUAGUAGCCCCUAUAUGCAGCUCUCUCCACCCGCACCCUGUGUGUAUGUGUGUGUGUCUGCAGUGUGUGUGUGUGUGUGUGUCUCUGUCUGUGAGUGUGUUCAUCCGUCUGUUCAUGUGUGACAGGGACAUUUUCUGUAGUUCGAAUGUGAAUCAAACGCCGACUACAAACAGAUUUUAUCCACAGACGAUCAAAGAAGAAAAGCUUUUAUUAAGACUUGAAAAACUAAAAGCAGAACCACUGAAAACAUCUUUUUAAAAAAACAAAAAACACAA